ACUGACCUGGUACUCCUCACACCACCUAGCCACUUGUCUCAUCCCACCUGGGCCUUAGGUUGACUUCAAAGAUGCCUCAGUUACUGCGAAACAUUAAUGGCAUCAUCGAGGCCUUCAGGCGCUACGCGAGGACGGAGGGCAACUGCACAGCCCUGACCCGAGGGGAGCUGAAAAGACUCUUGGAGCAAGAGUUUGCCGAUGUGAUUGUGAAACCCCACGACCCGGCAACUGUGGAUGAGGUCCUGCGGCUGCUGGAUGAAGACCACACAGGGACUGUGGAGUUCAAGGAAUUCCUGGUCUUGGUGUUUAAAGUGGCCCAGGCCUGUUUCAAGACACUGAGCGAGAGUCCUGAGGGAGCAUGCGGCUCUCAAGGGUCUGGCAGCCUCCACCCUGGGGCCUCGCGGGAGCUGGGGGAAGGACAGAGAAGUGGCACUGAAGUGGGAAGGGCAGGGAAAGGGCAGUGUUGUGAGGGGAGCAGCCAGGGACAGAGCGAGCAGGCUUCCAGAGGGCAGAACAGGCCCAGGCCUGGGGCUCAGACCCAGGGUCAGGCCACCAGCUCUGUGUGGGUCAGCAGCCAUGACAGGCAAGCCGGGUCCCAGAGCCAGGAGAGAACAAGCCUGCAGACACAGCUCUGGGGGCACAAAGAGAAGACCCAGGCAAUUGGAGAAGGCCAGAGUCAUCAGACCAGGGAGAUGAGGCCACAGACCAGGGAACAAGACAGAGCCCGCCAGACAGGUGAGACUGUGACUGGAUCUGGAACUCAGACCCAGGCAGGUGCCACCCAGACUUUGGACCAGGACAACAGCCACCAGACAGGAAGCACCAGCACCCAGACACAGGAGUCCACCAAUGGUCAGAACAGAGGGACUGAGACCUACGGUCAAGGCAGGAGUCAGACCAGCCAGGCUGUGACAGGAGGACACACUCAGACACAGGCAGGGUCACACACCCAGACCAGCCAAGCUGUGACAGGAGGACAUACUCAGACACAGGCAGGGUCACACACCCAGACCAGCCAGGCCGUGACAGGAGGACACGCUCAGACACAGGCAGGGUCACACACCCAGACCAGCCAGGCCGUGACAGGAGGACACGCUCAGACACAGGCAGGGUCACGCACCCAGACCAGCCAGGCUGUGACAGGACACACUCAGACACAGGCAGGGUCACACACCCAGACCAGCCAGGCCGUGACAGGAGGACACGCUCAGACACAGGCAGGGUCACACACCCAGACCAGCCAGGCUGUGACAGGAGGACACGCUCAGACACAGGCAGGGUCACGCACCCAGACCAGCCAGGCUGUGACAGGAGGACACACUCAGACACAGGCAGGGUCACGCACCCAGACCAGCCAGGCUGUGACAGGACACACUCAGACACAGGCAGGGUCACACACCCAGACCAGCCAGGCUGUGACAGGAGGACACACUCAGACACAGGCAGGGUCACACACCCAGACCAGCCAGGCUGUGACAGGAGGACACACUCAGACACAGGCAGGGUCACACACCCAGACCAGCCAGGCUGUGACAGGAGGACACACUCAGACACAGGCAGGGUCACACACCCAGACCAGCCAGGCUGUGACAGGAGGACACGCUCAGACACAUGCAGGGUCACACACCCAGACCAGCCAGGCUGUGACAGGAGGAUACGCUCAGACACAGGCAGGGUCACGCACCCAGACCAGCCAGGCUGUGACAGGAGGAUACGCUCAGACACAGGCAGGGUCACGCACCCAGACCAGCCAGGCUGUGACAGGAGGAUACGCUCAGACACAGGCAGGGUCACACACCCAUACCAGCCAGGCUGUGACAGGACACACUCAGACACAGGCAGGGUCACGCACCCAGACUGUGGAGCAGGACAGAAGCCAAACUGUAAGUCAUGGAGGAGCUAGAGAACAGGGACAGACCCAGACAGAGUCCGGCAGUGGCCAAAGAUGGACACCAGCGAGCAAGCCUGAGGCAGGAGAGACAGUACUGGGAGGACAGGCCCAGACUGGGGCAAACCCUGAGUCAGGAAGGCAGGACUGGAGCAGCCCUAGUGUGACAGAAGGGCAGGGAGACAGAGACAGACAGGUUGUUGAGGAAUGGGUUGAUGACCACUCAAAGGAGACAGCGAUCCUCAGGCCGGACCAUGGCAGCCUGCACACAAGCGUUUCCUCAGCACAGGGCCGGGAUGCAGCCCAACCAGAAGUGAAGCGGGCCAUCACCACUAGGGAGCUGUAUUCCUACUUGAGAAGCGACCAGCCAUGACUCCCCCUGACUCCAAUGCCUAGUACUAGAAGAAGAUAUCUGGAGACACGUUGGCUUGCCCUGCAUGGCCAGUCUAGUGGGUGCAUCCCUGGACAUCAGCUUUUUAUUAUGCAGCUUCUCUUUUAGGUGUUUCUCAACGAGGUCAUUUCUGCCAGGAGCUUUCUAUCCUAAACUGCUCUCUCUUACCUGCUUUGCAGUGCAGACCCUCUCAGGAGCAGGAAGACUUGGAGCAAGUCACUCCUUUGUACUGAACUGUCCUCAUCUCGUGGGGGUUUUCAGAACUAUUUUUGUCUCUGACAUCUCUCUAUUGCCCCGUCUACUCUAAUGCAUCAAUAAAAUCUUCAGCAACUGGC